AACUAACUCACCCACCAAAAGUUUCCUGGAAAAAGCCCCCAAAAGCUCUCAAAAAAAUCACACACACAGACACACACACAUUUCCCAAACACAGACAAAAGUCUCAGUAAUGGCAACACAAGAACAAGAACAAGAACAACCCACCAUAGCUCCUCGACCUUUAGAACCCACCUCAACCCAAGACUGCGAGAAGCUACUGACCUCGUACUUGGGUCUCAGCUUCACAAUCUUUCUUGGGUUUCUUCCAAAAUCAUCAAUCUCACUGGUCUCCACCCUCCAAACUAGCAACAAAGACCUCUCUGUAAAGCUCUUCCAAGCUGAAGAACAGCUCAAACAGCUUCACUCUAGAAGGAAAGAGGACUCCAAGGCUAAUGCGAGAGUUGUUGAGAUAUUCGCGAGCCACAGGCACGCCUGGCAGCAAGAGGAAAAGAGACUUCUACAAGAGAUCGAUGCGAGUGCUGAGGAAAUUGCACGUUUGAGGGCAACACUGGAGGAUUACGAGAAAUUACAGGUUGAAUUGAAGACUAACGUCGAAGAAUUGAAGAGAGAGGUCAGGGAAAGGGACGAGAUGUUGAAUUAUAUGGCAAUGAAGUCGACGGAAUUAAAUGGUUCUGAGAGCAAUCUUGGUGUUUCAGAUUGUUAUGAGGAAUUGGGUUCGAGGUUCGGGAAAGUUAGAGUUUCGGAGGGGAUGGAUUUGGGGAAGGAGCAGUUUUUCUUGGAGAGAGAGGGACUCAAUGUGGAUGAAAUGGGUGGUGUAUACGGACAGCGUAAUGGGUUCAAUCCAGAGUUCUUCAACUCAGCUUCGAAAUUUUGGGCUGAAAAAACUAGUCUAUGGCAGGAUGUACAGUAUGAAUCCCUUGAACCAUUGCAUCAGUUAAAACAUUUUGUUCCAAGAAGGGAGUCCCCUUGGAAGGUAGAUGGUGAAUCAACCGGAGUCUCCUCUAAAUUAAAAUUACUUGAACAGGAACUGCUGAAUUUGGAAAGAGUUGGUAAGAGUGAUCUAUCAAAGGUACCAUCACUGAUGCGAAAGCAGGCAAAGAGAUAUCAAGCUCUUGCUGGGAAGAUUGAUAAUCUGUGCAGAUCAAUGACAAGUGAUCCAUGUGAGCCCACCCUCAGUUCAGAGUUUCGGACACAAAGGCAAACAGAUUUUUUGCUUGAAGCAUUUCGACUCCAGCAACGUGCAGCUGAAACUGGACAGAAACUGAUGGCAUUACAAACCGAGACGGGGAAGAGUUAUUUUGGGGAUGAACUUGAAGGGCAAGCCAAAUUAGCCACAAGGCGGUCCUUCGACUCAAUUAGGAACAACUUCAAAGAAAUCCAGAGAAACUUGGAGAUAUGGUUGGCCAGAAUUAUUGGAGAUCUUGAAGGGAUUCUAUCUAGAGAUGGUGCUUCACGUGCAAGGGAUUAUUACAUUUCAAGAUAUCCUUUUGUUCAAUAGAAACAUCCUGGUUAGUACCAUGAAAUAUUGAUCCAAC